AGACACAGAAAAACUGGGAAGUAUUAUCUCCCCCUAAUAAACAUAUAAAAUAAAUGUCUAUUUGCAUAUAAUGACACCGAGCGUCCUUCUUCAAUCAUCACACUCGCGCAAGAAAAGAUUUAUCAGUUGCACAUGAUCUUUAUUUUACGAACAUUUAUUUUAUGCAACAAAGAUGUGGCUGCUGCUCUGAAAUUCAUACAGAUUAUAAUUGCCGAUUAAAUAAAAAUCCUGUAAAAUACUUAGCUUUGUUAAACAUCACAUUUAUCUUUGAUUUAUGUAUAAAUUAGCGUGCGAUUAUGUGUCCCUUUUGGUGACAAACACUCUUUUAGGAACUAUCUGUGGAAAACGUUAUAGGUCUAAUAGCUAUAAUUCUGUUAAUGCUGUUUAAAAAAAUAAAAGCAAUUACUUCGCUGUUAAAGCUGAAAGUCCUAAUAAUGACAAAAAUAGCAGUUUUGUGAUUUUAAUGCAUGUGUUAUUGUUAAAACAGAUGAGACUUUUGAAGAAGAGAUCAUUUAUGCAGAGACGACAUUCAACAAAAUAAGCGAACGGAAAUCGGUGAGACAAUUACUUGAGUAUUUUUUAUUAAUUAUCAUUUGUGUUUUAACUAAUAUGAACAAUACAUUUACUACAAUAUUUAUUUAUUUAAUUGAAAAAUAUAUAAAUUGAAUAUAAAAAGAAUCAUGUUCUGGUAAAUCAGAGAAAUUAUGAAAUACAUUAAAAAUUCAAAAAUUGUAACCUCAAAAGUUAAAUGAAACAAAUUUUGUGUGUGUGUGUGUGUGUGUGUAUAUGUGUAUGUGUAUAUAUAAUUAUUACAUUAUGUUAUACUUUUUUGCAGAAAGUUGAAGAAGGUCAUGUGGAAUACGCACCAAUCAAAAUCAGAACAUGAUUAAACUUAAAAGCUGUUCUAAACACAAGAAACUUCAUUAGAAACACUGUGGUUAACGGGCGAUCAUUUUCUCUGCAGUAUUUUUGUGUUUGCAAAGCAUAGAUGCAAACUGGUUAUUAAAAGGUGACAAAGUAAACACGGCUGCGGUACUGAUUAUUUAUAUCUGUACAAAAAUGUGGUUUAAUCUGCUUGCUAGAAAAGAAAAAAAAACAACAGCUUGUGCAUGAAAGUGUCUGCUGCUGGAUGCAUGCAUUUAAAGGCGGUUUGUUAGCGUGUGUCUCAAGGUGUUAAUAGUGUGUGUGUGUGUGUGUGUGUGUCUGAGGUGUUGAUAUAUUGUUUAAGUAAGCGUGAGACAGUGUGAGUGUAUCUGAGGCUGUCUGAUCAGGGUGUCUUUGCGAGGAGUUUUCAUUUAUGCUCACACGAAACCAUUGACUUCUGCUUUACAUGGAAGCUACUUUACUACAAAGCACUAAACCCAGUUUAAAGAAAGUUCUUUACAACCCUCAUCCUGAAACGUUCUUAAAGGGCCAGGUCAUUUUAGCGCUUCUCGGUUAUCUGCCACCGUCUAGUGCAGUGUUGACUAAUAAACACGUGGCAGUUUAUUAUCUCCAUAGGUGUAAUGGUUUUAACUGAACUCCUCAAAAAGGCAGUCACUAAAGUGUUUUUUUUUUUAAAACAACGGCAAAAUAUUAAAGUAAAAUGUUCUUGCAGCCAUGUAAAUUAUGAAUAAAUUAAACAUUUCAUUAAAGGUAGGCUGCAUUUGUGCUUCAAUAAUGAAAUCAAGGUUUAAGAGUAAAAUUGCACAUGAAUUGUGCUAAUAUUAGCUAAAUGUACAUUAAAUAUAGAAAGUGCUUUGAGAUGAUGAUGUAUUUUGGUCCGUGAAAGCGUACAUUUGGGUUUUCUAAAUUUAUGUAUAUGAAAUAAGGAAAUGCAUGAAGUAAAAGUACUAUUCAUCUUGGUCAGGAUAGUCAGUGCAGCCAAAAAGUACAUUUUGAGUGAGAUAUGUUUUCAAUGCCAAUGUUUCAUGCGCACCUUGUCAGUAAAGAUGGGAGGUAAUGUAACUGAUGACUGUUGGUUGAUUAGUACCAAGUGAUUAGUCACUUUUAAAAUGAGUAGCUAAUUAUUAUUGUAUUACAUUUUUGAGCAAUGAGCCCAACUCUGAUCAAAAGCAGGAUGAGAACUAGAAGGUGUCAAACACGAUUCACACAGAACUUUAACACUUCUCUCACUGAACCGCUGAAGAAAAUGUUUCACACGGUCGUCUUGUUCUGUUUGUGUUGCUGGGGUCUGAAUGGUAAGUUUAUAAAAUCAUUUUAUGGCUUUUUUUGUAUUUGAGUAAUAAGGCUGUAUAAUACAAGAUCUACUACAGUUUCUGCAGUCGUCACAAACAUCUACAAAUGUUAUUAAAAAUGAACCAAAGUGCAAGAACUUUAUAGUCUAUAGGAGACUUUCCAGUGAUCUAAAUUUCCCAUAUAUUAUAAAAAAUGUAACAUACUUUCGAUCUGCAAUAAUUACCAUAAAAUAAUUGCAAAUGUUGAAACUUUAAACAAUGAUUGUUCUCUAGACCUUGCAACAAAUCCAAGAUUAGGAUGUUACACCAAAAAGGAUUUUUUAAGUUUAAAUCUAGACUAAAUCAAGCUUUAUCUAAUAAUUCUGCUGCAACAGAACUUUAACCCUAGUCUUACUUCUUACGAGUCUAACUUGUUUGCUUUUAUAUUUAUUAUAAUUAUAUAUUACACAAAAACAAAAAAUAAAUAAAUAACUAAGACUAAGAGAAAAAAAUAAAAUGACUGAUGUGAUAUAAAUCUGGGUCAAAUAAAUUGAGUUAUGUACAUGUGUUGUGCUGUUGUUCUCAAAUUUUUUCAACAUAUGAAGUUAUUUCAGGGUUUGUAAAAGGUCAGAAAUUGAUUUUAAUUGACUUUAAUUUGUGUAAAACCUUUUUAUAUUCUCAAGGUGUGUUCGGUGAGUCGGUGUCGGCGAUGGAGGGAGAUUCUGUCACUUUAUACACUGAUGUUGCUGAAAUACAUGAAGGUAGCAACAUGGUGUGGAAAUAUGGAGCUGGAAUUUCUCGCAUAGCUAAAAUUAAGAAAUAUAAGCAUAUUGUUCCCGAAUAUAAUGAUACUUAUGAGAGAUUCAGAGACAGACUGAAGCUGGACGAUCAAACUGGAUCUCUGACCAUCAUGAACAUCUCAACUCAACACGCUGGAGAUUAUCAAGUAGAGAUAAAUGGAGCAAAACUGACAUCAAAAACAUUCAGUGUUUCUGUCUAUGCUCGUCUGCCUGUUCCUGUCAUCAUCACUAACUCUUCAAACUGUUCUUCAUCAUCUUCAUCAUCUUCAUCACAGCAGAAUUGUUCAUUGUUGUGUUCGGUGGUGAACGUGGGUCAUGUGACUCUCUCCUGGUACAAAGGAAACAGUUUAUUGUCCAGCAUCAGUGUGUCUGAUCUCAGCAUCAGUCUCUCUCUACCUCUGGAGGUGGAAUAUCAGGAUAAAAACACCUACAGCUGUGUGAUCAACAACCCCAUCAGAAACCAGACCACACAUCUGAACAUCAGUCAGCUCUGUCACACGUGUUCAGUUCCUCUAGACUCAGUCUCUCUGAUUGUGUUGAUCUCUGUUUCUGCUGGAUCUCUGUUGAUCGUAGCUGCUCUCGGGAUCUUCUGCAUCUGCAAGAAACACAGAAAAACUGAUCAAGAAGAGAUCCUUUUCACCGAGAUGACAUUCAACCAAAGAAGCGCACACAAAUCGGUAAGACACUUAUUGAUAAUAUGAGUAUUUGUAUAAUUAAAAC